GUCAUAACCUCUCAAACUGUUAAGUUAACCUUACUUUUCGUUGAAUCGGAAGACUAGAGAUAAACGUGAAUUUCAAAGUGAGUGCGAAUAAGUAUUUCAUGUGAAUAUGAAUGUAGAAAAAGUAAAACUUAAAGCGCGUGGAGGAGGGUGUUAUAUCAACUUAAAACCUAAAUUUUCUUCUACUGAGGAGUGUAUAUUCAUUGUGAAGAAACAGACUGUUCUCCAAUAUAGUACCAAAACUGGACAGUUAAUAACCGAAUAUCAAGGCUUAGAUAAGUCUAUCGUAGGAAUUGAUAUUACUCAUUUAAGUGACUGUGAGAACCUUAUUGCAUUUUCUGAAGAUGGAGAGUUUCGAGCUUGGAAGACUGCAACUAGAUUCAAAACUAUCUCGAAAAAGGUACAAUUCAAUGAGAAAAUUAACUCAUUCCAUUUCGUACCAAAUGAAAAUUUGGAUUGUUUGGAAGGUAUUGUUACUUACACAAGUUCAGGCAAAGCGAUGGUUGCUUUAGUAAAUAUUCAAAAGGAAUCAUUCAAAAAUUUCAAAGUGAAUUUGAGAGGAGAUGAUAUAUUUAUUGGUGUAAGUAACAGAAGAUUUUUUGCUGUUGCUGACAAGAAGAGUGUGCAGUUCAUUAUGAUCGAUAAUCCUGAAAAGUCCAGACAAGUUUUUGUAGCUGAGAAACAAUUUAAAGAUUUGUGUAUAACAUGCUUAGAGUGUCAUAAGCAGGAAGAAAUUGUAUUAACAGGAGAUUCUGAAGGAAAAGUGAUAUUAUGGCGAAAUAUCUUCAGCACAAAUCCAGCAAAAUCAGUUUAUCAUUGGCACACAUUACCUGUCAAUUGCUUAGCAUUUUCUUCAUCUGGCAGUUAUUUUUAUAGCGGAGGAAAUGAAUCUGUGCUGGUUAGAUGGGACUGGGAAAAUAGCCAAGAUAAAAAAUUUUUGCCCCGAUUAUCUGGAUAUAUUAAGGAAAUAGGUGUAUCUUCAAGAAGUCAGCUUUUAGCUAUUUUCACAUCUAAUAAUGAAGUGAAAAUUGUUGAUUCCAAUCUAAAUAAUAUUAGUUCUAUUCAACACUUUGUUGUUGGAGAUAACUAUGAGUCUGGCAUUGUUUUAGAUUCUAGAACGAAAGCACUGGUUAUGAAUGGAAAUAUUGGACAAUUACAGUUUUAUCAUCCUAAAACUGACAGUUUAUUAUACAGUAUAGACGUUGUGGGUCAAAAUAAAAGGUCAAAUGAACGAAAUAUUGAAAUACCCAACAUUGUAGUUACUAAGUUUGCCUUCAGUAAGAAUAGUUUGUGGUUAGCAACUGUUGAAGAGCUUGAAAAAUCUGAAUAUGGUUAUCAUGAAUUGAGAUUGAAAUUUUGGGCAUUUGAUGCAUCUCGUCAAACUUAUGAGUUAAACACAUCGAUUGAGAAACCACAUGAAGAUUCUAUAACAUCAAUUGCAUUUCAACCUACCAAUGGAGAUCAAGAGUUAAAGUGUGUAACAGUUGGCGCAGAUAAGAAGUUUAAAAUCUGGCAUAAAAUAAUUAUGCUUAAGGUGAACAUUGAACGUACAAUUUGGAAUGCAAUGGGGAACGGUACUUACUUGGAUAUGCCCUGUAAAGGUUUAUCAUUUUCAGUAGAUGGUUCACUGAUGGCUAUAGGUUUUGGUCCAGCAUUAACAACUUGGUCACCUGAUUCUUGUCAGCUAAAAUGCUCCCUAGUCUAUCCAAAAUACAAGACGGAUAUUGAGAAAGUACAGUUUGGCACCAAUAAUCUAUGUCACUUAAUUGUUGUAGCCACUAAAGACAGACUCUCAGUUUGGAAUAUUUUGACAUUAAGAAUGAUAUGGACUGUGCCGCUGGAUGUGGAGUUUCUUUUUGCAGACAAGUUAUCUAUUUAUAUGGGAGUUAUCACAAGAAACAAAGAAGUUGCGAUUUUUUCACCGAAUUGCUCAAAACCAGUUUACAUCAGUAAUGAAAUACUGUCAUCAAAACAGAUAAUGGCUGCAGCUUUUAUUCCUACUGAAUCAUGUUUGGACACACAGACUGACUGGUAUAAAAGAGUGGAACUAUUUUUUGUAGACUCCAAUAAAGAGUUGUUUUCAAUUGGAGCAGAAUCAACAGAAGAAUAUUCAGUUGACCAAUAUGUUGAUGAUAUACCCGAUGAACACAUUGCUUCUCUACUCAACAAGAUGAUGCCAUUCAAAAAGACUUCACAUGUGUCAAAUGGUACAGUGUUACAAGUUGUGCAGAAAUCACAGAAAAAUAUAAAGGAAUAUUUGGACACUCCUACGCAUAUUGCAGUUCCUCCAAGAUUUUCUUGUUUAUCUCUGAUGAAAUCAUUAGAAUGUAGAAAGCUAUGAAAUGUAAAUAUUGAAUAUAUGUAUUUAAUAUACUUGUUAAGAUAUCGAUUAGAAAUAAUACAAAAUUGUCAUUUUGUGAUAAA